AUGGAUUACAAAGAUGAAGAUGAUUUGCCAAAGGAGAUUCCAUCAAAGAAACAAGUAAAAAGCUUUAUUGAAUCAUCAAUAGAAGCACAGGAUUAUGAUGAAAAUCAAGUUAAAUCUCUUGAAAAAGCAUUUAUUCAUUCAAUUCAAUCCGGAAAUACAGAUGAUCUUAUAAUUAUCUCGAAUGCAAUUCAAAAUAUUAUGUUGCAGUAUCCAAAUGAACUAUGUAACACAUUCCUUGCAGAUAAAUUUCAUGAAUUUCUCGAUGAAAUUUUUUGUGAAAUGGUUUCAGAAGAAGAUAUACCAACUCAAAUCACCACAGUUAUCAAUCUUAUUGCAAGUCUAAUUGAAAAUUCCUCAAUAAUUGGCAAUUUCUUCAUUGAAAGAGAAUAUUCAAACGACGCAAAUGUUUUAAUGUCAAGAGAAGAAACAUUUUUGACAUCUCCAUGCUUAUAUCUCUUCGCAGUCUUACUAUUACGCAAUGCAAUUAAAAAGGAUGUUGAUGAAUGGAUUGAAUUUAUGCAUCAAGCAGUUUUAAUAUAUCUAACUGGUGUCCCUCGAUCAUCAUAUAAAUACACAGCAUUAAUUUGCAAAUAUGUAUUGAAUGAUACGUCAAUUGAAAAAACUCCUCAAUUAAUUAGUUCAAUGACAUCAGUUAUGUUGACUUUAGGAUACAUGAUUGAAUUGUAUAAUGCAGAGGAGUACGUUGUCCUCCUUAAUCAAUGUGCAAUUAAAAUUUUAAGUAUUAAUAUGAAUAUUAUCCAAGAAUCAGACUUCAAUGAGUUUUUCAACUUAUUAAAUGAUCAUUUUGAAAGUUUAUUAAACCCAAGACUCAUAAAUAAUUAUGAAAAAGCAAAUUACACAUUUUUUAAACUGAUUGGCAAUGUUUCACGUGAUUAUUCCAUUUCUUAUUGCAAGAAUCUCAUUAAUUCAUUACAAUUUCAAGUUAUAAAAUUGAUCAUUUCAGAAUGUUCCGAAGAAACUUGUUCAGAGUUCGUCCAUUUAUUAGCUUUUUAUCUAGAAACAAUUGAUUCAGAGACUGUCAUGUAUGUUUACCUUAGCCAGUGCGAAAUGAUUGGUUUUUUGAAAACAAAUUUAAUUCGUGGAACAUUUAAAUGCGUUGAAGCGUUUUUACACUACUUUUAUGCAUUGACAAUCCAUGAUCCACAAGAUGUUCUUUCAGAUAUGAUUGCUGCUGACAUUUUUGAGGAGACAAUCGAACAAAUUGAUUCAGCAGAGAGCCAAGGAGUUAUAUGGUUCUUAAAAGGAUUGAUUAAUCUACUUAGUUCAUUGGGUAACACAAAAGACAAUGUUAUUGUCGAAAUUUAUUACCAUGAACAGUAUAUGAAUACUUUUUAUGAUCUUGUUGAUGAUGAUUCUGACGAAAUAUCAGAAUUAGCUCAAACUGUUUUGUCUUAUUUCCCUCGUGAAGAAGAGGAUUAA